AUGAAGGGCAACUUCUGUACCACCUGUGGAGGGCUCCAGGUUCAUCCAGAGGCAGACUUAAAAAUUCAACAGGCCGGACAGCAUGGUGUGGCGGUGGUGGGUGCAGGCGUCAGUGGGCUGGCAGCCAUCAAGUGCUGCCUGGAAGAGGGGCUGGAGCCCACCUGCUUCGAGCGGAUCGAGGACAUAGGGGGGCUCUGGCGCUAUGAGGACCAGGCAGAGGAAGGCAGAGCCAGCAUCUACCGCACCAUCUUCACCAACUCUUGCAAAGAGAUGAUGUGUUACUCUGACUUCCCCUUCCCUGAUGACCACCCCAACUAUAUACACAACACCAGGCUCCAGCAGUACAUCUGCAAGUACGCCGAGCACUUUGACCUCCUCCAGCACAUAUGGUUCAAGACCCUGGUCAUCAAGGUUAAAAAACGCCUUGGCUUUUCUGUGACUGGGCAAUGGGAGGUAGUGACCCAGAGAAAUGGAAAGGAAGAGACAGCGGGUUUUGAUGCUGUUAUGGUUUGCUCUGGGCAUCAUGUCUACCCAAACCUCCCCCUCGAUGACUUCCUAGGAAUACAGAAGUUUAAAGGCUGCUACUUCCACAGCUGAGAGUACAAGGAGCUAGAGAAAUUCAGGGGGAGGAAAGUGCUGGUAGUAGGCUUGGGCAACUCUGGCAGUGACAUUGCUGUGGAGCUCAGCACUGUGGCAUCACAGGUACAUCUGAGUUCCCGAAGUGGGUCCUGGGUGAUGAGCCGUGUUUGGGACAAUGGCUACCCCUGGGACAUGAUGGUUGUCACUUGUUUCCGGACCUGGCUGGGGAACAUCCUCCCCAGCAUGCUCAGUGACUGGCUGUAUGUGAGAGACAUGAACCGGUUCUUCAAGCGUGAGAACUUUGGACUCAUGCCACUGAACAGAACUUCCUGAAAGGAGCCGGUGUUCAAUGAUGACCUUCUGAGCCACAUUGCCUGCGGGGUAGUGGUGAUGAAGCUGAAUGUGAAAGAGUUCAGAGAAACAUCUGUCUUGUUUGAAGAUGUGACUGUGCAGGAUGAUGUUGAUGUGGUAGUCUUUGCCACUGGUUACAGUUACUCCUACCCUUAUGAGGAUGAUUCCAUCAUCAAAAGCAGGGACAAUCAGGUCACCCUCUACAAAGGUAUCCUCCCUCCUCAUCUGGAGAAGCCAACCAUAGCAGUCAUUGGGCUGGUCCAGUCCCUCGGACCUAUCAUCCCAACAGCAGACCUACAGUGCCACUGGGCAAUCAAGGUGUUUUAGGGGCACUGCAUGCUCCUCUCAGUCAGUCAGAUGAUGGAUGACAUUGAGAAGAUGGGGGAAGAGCUGUAGUGGUAUGGGAACAGCACCACGCUGCAGACAGAUGUCACGUACAUGGACGAGCUGGCAUUGGCCAUCGGUGUGAAGCCCAGUGUGUUGAAGCUCCUGCUGACAGACCCACGGCUGGCCCUGGAGGUCUUCUUUGGCCCCUGCAGCCCCUACCAGUUUCGGCUGAGGGGCCCGGGGAAGUGGAGUGGGGCCAGAAAGGCCAUCCUCACCCAGUGGGACCAAAUACUACGGGCCACACAGACACGUGUCACACCUGUGGCCCCCACUGCCUUCCCCUGCCAGGCUGUGCUGGGGGUGUUCUUCCUCCUGCUCCUCCUCCUCCUUGUCACCCUUUACUGCUAGGGGACCCUGGGGAGAUGUUGCAGGGAUGGAGGGAUGCAGGAGUACUGAGCAGUGUGCAUGUGUGGGAUGCUUUCUCCUGCUGGGCAGUGUGUGCUGCUGCCCUGCUCAUUACCCCAGAAAUAAUUCAUCAAGAAAUCCCUUAAAAAAUGGGCAUCAAUAAAUCAGGUGCAAUCUCCAUCCCUUUCAGCUAGGGCUAUGAAAAAGUGUAAAUACCAGCCCUGGUAAGUAAUGUUGGUUAUUCUGUCCCUCUAAAUGUGUCCAAGUGGUGAUGCAUUGCUACACAUCAUUAAAUCUCCUUAUUUACUGUUUCUUUACCAGUGGAAAACUAGAGUCGAUGUCUUUGGGUUUUUUUAAGAAAGGUUGAUGUAGAGCAUGUGCUCCAGCUGAAAUGAACUUGCCUCAAUUGGCCCUUUUGAAAAAUAAUUAUCAUAACAAGUAAAGAAAAACAUCCAUGUUUUUCUCCAGUGGGGAAAGAUGCCCAAAUAAAAAAAAUUCAGAUUAAGAUAUCAAGGGGAAUACUCUGCUAUAUAAAUAAACAGCCCAUCACCUCUCAAAACAACAUCUGGACUUUGAUGGAAUGUGUGCAUCUGAAAGCUGAGAUGGACUGUGUCUUCCAGCCAAAAUGCCUGGCCCAGUCGGGGAUGUGUAACUCAGUGCCAUGGCUGCUGCAGCUGUGGCAAGAGCAUCCUUGGAGAGAUCCCUCUGAGCUGCUCUGAUUCCCACAGCCCUGCAGCAACAGCUUGGAUGGGCACCUGCACCUUGGCUUGCUCCUCUCUAUGGCCAUCCCAAGGUUUGUCCAGGGGUGAUAGGGAUGUGCCAUCUGCCCAAUUACGCAGCCUGGGAGUGACAAAGCCUCCAAGGUUCACCCUCACCUGAGAAAGUGGGGAGGAGCUGAACUGAUCCUGGUAAGCUGCUGAACCCCUGUUGUGGCCAGAUCCUGUGGGCUUUUUCUUUACAUCCAUCUGCCUGGGGAUGAAACCAGCCCUUGGUGUAAUUUUGGUGCUCUCCAGGAAGUGCUCUUCCUGCAGGCAGCUGCUGGCAUCUCAUCUUUUCUCCAUACAGCAGUAACUUGUAGCUUUGCAAAAUGCUCCAUGGUUUCAUGAAAGGCACCACAUAAAUGCAAAAUAAUAUAAUUACUGUGAGCUCUGGCCCUGGAAGUGAGACGACAAGUAUGUCUGUCUUCCCUUUUUCAGUGCCCCUGCCUGAGUGCUCUGCUAACACACUUCCUCCUGACAGGAGAUUAAGGGGUUUGC